AUGGCCGCCAACUAUUCCACUCAAACAUAUACCAUUUCUCAAAGUCCACAAUUGUAUGCCGGCCAACAACCGUCUCCAGCCAACUCGGCAUCUCCUACCUCACCGCGAAUGCACGCUUAUAUCCAACAAAAUGCUCCCAAUCCUUACAAACAGCUUCGUCCGCUGAAGUCCCCUCUCUACGUCCCCGCGGUUCUACGGCCGACAGAGCACUUCUCGACUCCAUCGCCCAUGACCCCUCCGAAGAGUCUACAUGAAUCACUGGACAAUCUACGAGACCCCGAAGCCCAACCCGCAGGCCACGAAACGGAGUACCCGGCGGACUUGGAGUCCUUCGACCCCGAAUGGAUUCAAGAGGAGGAGCUGGGCGAAGUUACCGGCCCUCCAACAAAGGAACACUGGAAGCCCGACGAAGCUUCGCCAACUUGCGACUCGCCCCAAUGUCGUUCUACUUUUAAUCUUUUUGUCCGCAAACAUCACUGUCGUCAUUGUGGACAUAUCUUUUGCUCCUCACACACCCCUUUCACGAUUCCACUCGACCAGUACGCCAGAUUCCAUCCCGACGGAGUUCUGUCCAAAGCUUGCGAUACAUGUCAUCGCCAGUAUCAACGAUGGGAUACUGCGAGAUCACUUCGUCGCAAGAAUAGCCAGAAUAGCAAGGAUGAAGGCAACGAGAGCGGGCCGCCCACUCCUCUGGCAGGACCUACAGGUCAUCGAAGAAUGAUUUCGGGCACGCGGAAGCCUGUCGAGCAAGUCGCCAACAGCGUACCCAAAGAUUGGCACUGGUCAACCUUUUGA